AUGGCCAGAUCUAUCAUCAAAAAGUACAGGUACUCCAAUGGACAUCUAAGCUCAAUCUCCAUAAAGAAAUUACAUUCCAGUACCAACUUUGGCCAUAGAAAUUACUCACUCUACGUGAACAGGGUCCUGAAGGAAGUGGUUCCCCAGAGGGGCAUAUCGUCUCGCACCUUGGACGUCAUGAACACUCUGAUCAACAACAUCUUUGAGUGCAUUGCUACAGAGGCCUGCAACCUGAUGUAUUUCAGAAAUCGUUGCACCCUCACCCCAGAAGAUAUCCAGAGGGCAGUGUAUGUGCGGUUGCCUGGGAAACUAGCUAAGCAUGCGGUGGCUUUUGGAAGCGAAGCAGUCAACAGAUAUGUCCACUCCUAA